AUGGAUUUCGUCAAAGUCGUUUUGCUGGGAGGUUCUGGAGUGGGUAAAACUUCUAUUGUCCAGAGAUUCGUACACAACGAAUUCAACGAAAAGUAUACGCCUACGGAACAAAAGGAAACAUAUUAUCCAUCGGUUAUAAUAAACGAUCACCUUUACGAGCUCAAAAUUUCCGACCUUCCCGUUAUAUCAUAUUUUCCGGUUAAUUCGUAUUACGAAUGGGCAGAUUAUAGGUUUUACGGUUUGAGAUCCGCGACCGCGUACAUACUCGUAUUCGAUUUAUCGAACGUGGAAACGUUUCAAUUCGUGAGAACUAUGAGAGAACAAAUGAUAGAGAGUAGAGACAUGAAACACGUUCCCCUACUCAUCGUGGGUAACAAACAGGAUCUCAUAGUCGCGGACGCGGGAAGCGGGAAUUCGGGGGUAUCAAUGAUACCCUCGAACGUGAAUCAAAGGAAAAGGCGAGACAUUGUUAAUCUCGUUAAAAAACAUUGGAAGUGCAAUUACGUUGAAUGCAGCGCGAAACACAAUUGGGGCGUCAUUGCCGUUUUUAAAGAAUUAAUGGAAGUCAUCGAUUUUUAUUCAUCUCCCGUCAUAGACAAUAUACAAGAUGCAUUCGAUGGGAAUAAAUGCGCCAUUUUGUAA